GUUAGCACAGAGCGGUGCAUACAAAUAGACGUUCGGUGUUCAAAAAGUAAAGCUAAAUUGUAAAUUAAAUAGUUCUAAUGGUUUAAAAUAUUAACUACAAAUUGUUGUUAUAAGUCAUAAUAAUGAUUAAAAUGAAAGCAUUAAAUAUUAUUUUGAUCUUUCUGUAUGUUGCUGUGUUUUCUAUAUUAAACUCAGUUGUAGCGUCUGAAGUAGAAAUGCCGACUAUAGCUUGUCCGGAUUUAUUCCGAUAUGUUAUAAAACCCAACGAGACGUAUGCAGUAGUAACCGUACCUAGCAGCUUUAUAAAUGGUGCAAAUGUGCAUCUGCAGGUUAUUGUCCAUCAGUAUGAUUUAGUCAAUCAAGAAUUUAGUCUUUUACCAUUUAAAAGUCAGGAAGAAACACUGUCUAACAUAUUGGCGAGAAAAUCAGUGGAGUAUCGCUUUAGCUUUCCAUCUCCACAGGAGAAUCCAAAACUCUCAAAAAUUGUUGUAAACGGUGAGACUAUUUGCUUCGAUGAUGACUAUAUUCCUCCUUAUAAUGCUCUAGAAGGUGAAUUUAAUAUUGAAUUGCCCAUAAAUAAUACCGUCGGUGAUACUUCCAUUGAAUAUGUUCCUCCGUCGAUUUCGCAGCUCAAUAAUUGUUUCAGUUUUGUGAUUUAUGAAGAAGAAAAUAAUAAAACUUUUGCACGCAUAAAAAUUCCGAAUUACUACUUUGAAGGUGGUACUCCUGAAGUCAAAGUAGAUUUUGCACAGAAUAAAAUGUUGACAAGCGGUAAAUAUGCACUAUUUACGUACAAAAGUCUUGAUGAAACUAUAUUGGACGUAAUGGAGGGAAAACCUGUUUUAUAUCGUUUCCAGUUUCCAGAUCAAACUGAAAUUCCAGUUAUACGAGAGAUUCAAGUGAAUAGCAAACCAAUUUGUGCCAAUAAAAAUCCACGAGUUGGUAGUAUGAAACUUACUGGAGGACAUACCAUGCAGUUACCACUUGGUUACAAUAACUUAAAUAUAUAUACCGAUAAUGAAAGUGAUGAUAAUAAUGACAAAUCGAAGGAUAAUAGAACAUGCGGACGAGAAGUUGGUGCUCUUACACCAUUUAUAAGUUUUGGAAAUGAAAUAAAUAAUGGACAGGUUCCUUGGCUCGCAUCUAUCUUCCAGAAUAAUGAUGAAAAUCUAGUAUUUAUUUGUGGUGGUUCACUGAUUUCGAAGCGCAUAAUAAUUACCGCAGCACAUUGUUUUCAGUUUCAAACGUUGCCAGCAGAUCUGACUUUGGUCAAACUUGGUGGUAGUAAUACGACAGAUGACACUGGUGUCUUGAGUUUUGGUGUUGAGAAAAUAAUAAUACAUCCAGAAUAUAGAAAUGAUUUUAUUCCAGAUGCCGAUAUUGCUUUAUUAUACCUAAAUUCAUCAAUAACUUUUACAGAUUUCAUUAGUCCAAUUUGUUUGUGGAAUGGAGAUACUGACCUAAGCAAACUUGUAAACAAAAUUGGGUAUGUUGCAGGCUUUGGGUCAACGGAAAAUGGCACCAUUUCUGAAACAAGCCCUAGAAUUGCUUAUGCUAGAAUAGUUAGUGAAAUAGAAUGCGUGCGAUCAUCAAAUAAAAUAAAAUCAAUAAUUUCACCUCGUACGUUCUGUGCGGGAAAUCGAGAUUUAUCUGGACCUUGUACGGGUGAUUCAGGUUCAGGAAUUAUGAUUAGAAAAAAUAGGCAUUGGUCAUUGAGAGGAGUAGUAUCUAUUGGAGAAACGUUUGAAGGCCAGUGCAACUUGGGCGAAUUUGUUAUAUAUUGUGAUUUAGCAAAACAUCUUGAUUGGAUAAAUAACCACAUAUUAGACUAAAUUUUAUAAAUGUAUUUGUAUUAAUACAUACAUUUGUACAUUUUUUUUUAAAUUUCCAUUUGUAAAGUAUGAGUCCUUCAUUUACGACUUUAUAUGUAUACUUAUAAA